AUGGUCCCGUCUGGCUUGAGAAUCGACGUGUCUGUGUCUGGACUUUCGGACAUGACCCGGGCGGCAUCGCAGAGAUCACAGGACGGGGACUGCAGCGAAGAGCAGGCCUGGCUCCUCGCCCCGAUUUCUCCUCCAAAGGGAAACAGCUCGGACGUCAGGGAAACCGCCGGGGCCAAACUGGGGAAACGGGUGGGAGCCGACAUUGCCCUCGUGCAGCUCACGGAGCCAGUGCGAUACACCGACGAAAUCCUCCCCAUCUGCUUGCCAGGCCCCUCCGACUCCUUCCCUGGCAACCACACGUGCUGGGUCACCGGCUGGGGGACAACAGCCUCUGCGGUCUCUCUCCCACCCCCCAAAACGCUGCAGGAGGUUCCGGUCCAGCUGAUGGACACUGUAGCCUGCAACGCCCUCUACAACAUCGACCCGGCCCCGAACAUCGGCAGGGACCCCGUCAAACCCGACACGAUCUGUGCCAGCUACGCCAAAGGGCAGAGGGACUCCUGCCACGGUGACACUGGGGGGCCACUGACCUGUGACCACAAUGGGACCUGGUUCCUGAUGGGGGUUGUGAGUUGGGGGGACGGCUGUGGCCAGCCCAAUCGUCCCGGUGUCUAUGUCCGGACAGUGGCCUACGGUGAAUGGAUAUGGGGGCACAUGGUCUCCAGGGGACAAGCCACCAGCACAGAAAACAGCAUCUCUGGAAUAAAUGAUGCCAGAUCCUCCUUCAGCACCUACAGGCUUCUCUUCACCACUCUCAUGAUGGCGCUGUGA